GUUGAACUCGAGCGGUCGUCGCUGCUGAACGAGCACGCCCUCCCCACUCCCCACCAUGUCUUUCCUUCGCGCGCUGGUCUCUGCCGGACCGUCCGCGCGCCUGGCGACCCACGUCGUCCCGCCGCGCGCAUCUCUCUUGCUGGCCAACCGUUUGCUCUCCACCACCGCCCGCCGCUUGCACGCGGACCCGCUGCCGGGGGCCCCGCAUACCCCAGACCAUCUCCACGACGUGGUCGCGCCGCGCUCUCCCGGAACGAAGCCUGCGACAUUCACCGCUGCUGACGAGCCGGGCAAGGACUUCGAUCCGUACAAGGACGGGCCCGGCGCGGUUGACAAGGCCGUGCACCUCUUCUUCUUCACAGAGAUCCUGCGAGGCAUGUGGAUCGUGCUCGAGCAGUUCUUCAGACCACCCUAUACUAUAAUGUAUCCGUUCGAGAAGGGGCCCCUGUCCCCGCGCUUCCGGGGCGAGCAUGCUCUGCGACGGUACCCGAGCGGCGAGGAGCGCUGCAUUGCGUGCAAGCUCUGUGAAGCAAUCUGCCCUGCCCAGGCGAUCACCAUCGAGAGCGAGGCUCGCAUGGACGGUUCAAGACGUACCACGAGAUACGACAUCGACAUGACGAAAUGCAUUUAUUGUGGAUUCUGUCAGGAGGCCUGCCCUGUCGAUGCGAUCGUAGAGACGCAAAACCAGGAGUUCUCGACGGAGACUCGCGAGGAGCUUCUGUACAACAAGGAGAAGCUGCUGGCGAACGGAGACAGGGCCGAAGCCGAGAUCGCAGCGAACCUUCACGCGGACCACGUUUACCGGUGAGCGGACGUGAGAGGCUGGGAUGGACAAGCGCAAGAAGCUGGAGACGCGGGCCGCCACAAAGGGGUCUCGGAUGCAGCCUAGGACUUCCUUUCGGUGUACAUACGUGUCGUGGAACCCUGAUAUCAUUCUCAGCUGGUCAAAA